AAGGUCGCGGGGCGGCGCCGGGCCGGGCCGUUGCGGCCCGCGAUGCGGCGCCUGGGCUCGGUGCAGAGGAAGGUGCCCUGCGUGUUUGUGACGGAGGUGAAAGACGAGCCGUCGGUCAAGAGGGAGCAUCAGCCAUUUAAAGUUUUGGCUACAGAAACUAUAAAUCACAAAGCAUUAGAUGCAGAUAUAUACAAUGCAAUUCCCACUGAAAAAGUAGAUGGAACAUGUUGUUAUGUCACUACCUACAAAGGUCAGCCAUACCUUUGGGCCCGAUUAGACAGAAAACCAAAUAAGCAAGCAGAAAAAAGGUUUAAAAGAUUUCUGUAUUCAAAGGAAAAUUCAAAAGAGUUUAUUUGGAAUGUUGAAGAGGACUUCAAAUCUGUUCCAGAGUGCUGGAUUCCAGCAAAGGAAAUAGAACAGUUAAAUGGAAAUCCAGUGCCUGAUGAAAAUGGGCAUAUACCUGGUUGGGUGCCAGUGGAAAAAAAUAACAAACAGUAUUGCUGGCAUUCCUCUGUGGUCAAUUAUGAGUUUGAACUUGCCCUAGUAUUGAAUCACCAUGCUGAUGACUCUGGACUUUUGGAAAUCAGUGCAGUGCCAUUGUCAGAUCUCUUGGAACAAACACUGGAGCUUAUAGGAACAAACAUUAAUGGAAAUCCUUACGGAUUAGGAAGCAAAAAGCAUCCAGUACAUCUUCUUGUGCCACAUGGAGCAUUUCAAAUAAAAAAUCAGCCUGCACUGAAGCAUCAUGACCUGCUGUCUUGGUUUGAGGGUUGUAGAGAAGGAAGAAUCGAAGGGAUAGUCUGGCACUGCAACGAUGGCUGUUUAAUCAAGGUUCAUCGUCAUCAUCUUGGUUUACGGUGGCCCAUUCCAGAUACUUACAUGAAUUCACAACCAGUUAUUAUCAAUAUGAACAGAACCAGAUAUGACUGUGCUUUUGAUUCCAAGUGUUUGUUUAAUCAUUUUUCAAAGUUAGAUAAUCAAAAAUUUGGCAGACUCAAAGAUAUAAAACUAGAUGUAUGAAUUUGAAGUGAAAAUGCAAUUGAAAAUCAGUUAUAACAGCUUUAUAACUUUUGAAUAUUGGGUCUUUUUCCAGUGGAAAAGUGAAAUAUCACAAGAGCGCAUCUGACACAGCUGAAUUACCUGCCCAUUAGUGUUUGAUUGAAAAGUGACCAAUUCUUUCAACCAUACACAUUUCAAAGUUAAUUAGGGACAAUUUUUUUAAACUUUUAGUCUUGAAGUAUAAAUCCAGAGGCUUGUGACACAGUAGAAAUUAUCUAUUAAAAACUUAAUUGGUGCAUAUAUAUGUACAUACGUAUAUAUGAAGGGUUUAUAAGGACACCAGUUUUGUAUUUUCUUUUUUAAAACAGACUACAUUAGACCAGCAAUUUUUGUAUCAUUUAUUCAGAAAGUUAAGCCAUGAAUGUUGUUAGCUAUCAACUUCAGACCUUUUCUGUAGUAGCACAUUACUUGGGAAUUGAGUGGAAAAACUAACCAAUCUCACUUAAGCAUCACCAUGGAUCAAACUUUAACUUUUGAUUGUUUAACUCUUGUUACUUGCCUAUAAACCUCCCUUACAUGGUUCAGUUCAACAUUUAAUAUAUUACAAUUUAAAGAACAUUAUGAUUGUUUUGGAAAACUAAUCAUAAAAAGGAUGAGGAACAGACAACUUCUAACACAGAAAUACACAUCUGUUAAAUUUUUUAAAAAAUCUGUUUCCCUAAUAAGUCAAAUAUAAUUUCAUAUAAAUAUAAACUUUAUUCACUAACUAAAAUUCAAUUGCUUGAAAUUAUACAAUUCCUAAACUAGAUGUAAUUUAAUUACUACAACUUCUAUAAAAUAGAAAAUAGUUGGUUAAAGUUGAGGUUGGAAACAGACCCUCAGUAGAUAGAUAAGUUAUUAGUGCUAUCCAUUUCAGCUUCCAACUGUCCAGAAACACUAGCUCCAGUCUCUAGUUCAACAUGGAACUGUUCACAAAGUUGUUUCAACUUCUCUUCCAAAAUAAUAUUUUUUUUAACUUCUUCUUUGUAAUUGUACUUCAUGUCCUCAAUUUCUUCGAAAAAUGAGGGAUCAAAAUUCUCCAGUUCUUUUUUAAGCUUUUUAUUUUCUUCCUGACAAAAACAAGUUACGUCAAAAUGUAGAGGAAUAACAUACGACAUCUUUAGAUUUGAACUAAGUAGACUAAAUAGGAAAACUGAAACAAAUCAAAUGGCAUUAUAAACUUCUAAUUAGAUAUAAAAGUAAACUGUUCUGAAGGUAGACAUUUUUCCCCAUGAGCUUUUCUCAAAUGUAAAUUUGGCAAUAAUCACUUAUCAAUGAAAUCUGUCACUCUACUAUACAUAGGUUAUAUUCCAGAUCUUACUCAUGUUUAAGAUUUAUGUAGUAUUGUUUUAGAAAUUAAGGCAAUUUGAAAUAAAAAAAUAUGAUACUGCCCAUUACUACAAGUGAUUUUGACCUCAUGUUUAAAAUUUAAAAGAAUUUAUUUUAAAAUUGGGGCUAUUCUUCCAACUUAAUUUUAAUUUAAUGGAUAUAAGGUCAUCCAUAUUUAACCAUACAAUAAGGCAUUUAUAAACUACAUACUUUAUUUAAUUAGAAUCUUCUGAUCAGAGAUUAGGCAACUGGAAGAACAAAGUUAACUUUAAAUGUUUUCUUAGCCCACAGAUUAAAUAUCUCUCUAGACCUUUCGGUUUGGUUAUUAAUACAAACACUUUAUGUAUUCACAUAUAUACUCAUAAAGUACAUAUUUUUUAAAGGAAGGGAAAAUAUCAACUAUAUCUAAAUGGUUUUAGGAACCUGUGAAGAAUUUAGUUUUGAGUCAUUUGCAGAAGAAUAAUUAAGGAGUAUUAAAAUAAUAAACAUAACUGAUUAAAAACA